ACUUGAAGAAUUUAUGAAUUUCAUAUACAUCAGGCUUACAGUAUAUCGUUGUAGUUACAUACAAAUUGAGAAAACGUGUUUUGAAUAAUAGAUUUUAGUUUAUCCACCCCAAAUUUUUUAUUGUAUUGUGACUUUGGAUUUGACUCAGUUUAUUUCAACAAUUUUCGCAAGUGUAGUUUUGUUUCGACAAUUUAACGUCAAUGAAGGAUAUAUUCACUGAAUUAUUCAGUCCGUCGCCCACGCACUUCAUUUCAAAUGGAAAAUGCUUGGUCGUCAGUACGUGUACCGUUUGAAUAUCUAGAGCCGAAUCCCGUUACUGAAAUAUCCGAUUGUGUGCAUGUUGCAUCGGAAGAAGGUGACUAUUCGUUUAAAAAGGUGUUAAGCGUAGAAGAACCAUCGACGACAGUUUGUGGCUUGUACAUCGUGAGUGAUCCAAAUCGAGUUGUUGAAAUAUCUAUUAAAUAUUUGGAUGCAAGCUGCGAUACGGGUGCACUAAUGGCGUUUUUCGACGGAUGGGAGUUAAAUGGAAAAUAUUUCCCAAAUGAAAGGGAUCACCAUUUGCCACUUGAACAACGUACUCAUGAAUUUUGUAAUCAUAACGCCGAAUGGCCAUUUAGACAAUUACGAAAACGCUUUCGAUCUAGUCAAAAUGCAGCACUACUUCAAUAUCGUAUACCAGUUCGGGGAUCUUUUGUGGCCACAGUGAAAUUUUUCGAAAAUCCUGAACCAUGCAAUAUUUUGGUGGAAGGAACAAUACCGUUUUAUAGCUUAAGCAACUAUGGCGCGAAAAGAAACUGCACUCUAACGUCCAUAAAUCCAUCUGUAGUAACACUUAGAGCUGUAAACAUUGGUGCUGAACAUGAAGCGGUUAAUUAUAAUUGUGAUAGUUCCAUGGAUCAUCUGGUGAUUGGAGGCUCAAAAGAUUUGGAUAGUGUAAACAUGCAAAUUUCAUCCAAUGUAUGCGGUCAUACAGAAAAAAUUGGACCCGAACAAGCGAUUUUUUGUGAAGUUACCACGGUUCGUCUUGUUUCACAUGGCAAUUACAAUAAUCAACUUAUUCUUACCGUACGAAACGCCGAUGAAAAUGACAUCAACAUUGCUACAUUAUUGUGUCCAAUGUAAACUACGGAAAUCAUGCAUAUAAAUGUUUAAUGAAUAUUCGAUAAUUUAAAUAGAAUAGUACGCCUUCAUUUCAUUCACAUUUUACAUCGGCUUAACUUUAGAAUAGUGACACCUUUGACCUCAAAAAUGGCGCUUUUAUAGGGGCUGAUUUGUUUUCAUGAUCAAAAAUUAUUUUAAACACAAUCCGACAGCCUAUUUUACUCAUGUGUACCCUUUUUUAACAAAAAAAAUUCGAAAAAACUAAAAAUUCAGACCUACUAACAGGUGUCAGUAUUCAAAAGUUGUGCCUUUACAUCUAUCAACUUAUUUAUUUUCCAAGCAACAUUUAAACCAUACAUCUUUCAUACUUUCUUCCAUGAAUGAGGCGCACUUGUUACGGUCAUUACAUACACGAUUUCAUAUAAUAAAUCUACACAUUUUCAUAGUAAGAUUCUUAGUUUAAAGUUGAAAAUAUUUUUUGAAUUUUUUAGUUUUGAAAAGUAAUAAAAGUUUCACUUGAUUACUUGAUUUC